CAACAAUAGAGCCUUCGUUCAUUUGUUUCUCUGUUUACUGAAAUCUUUUUUGACACAUACUCGAUAUCAUACAGUACAGAAGAAUGUCUAAAAUGGAUCAGGAAUCUUGCUGCACUUGUGCGCGUCUACUUGUGCAGAUAGAGAGGAAUGAAGGGAGGAAUGGCUUACCUUCAUACUCGGCAUCUACGUUGGAAAGAGAUUCUUCUCUUCAAUUGACGAGAAGGGAUUCAAGUUUCAAUGAGAAAAUAAAAGAAGAAGUUGUCCCCUCAGAGGAGAGCCCGGCAUAUGGGAUGAAAGAGGAAAAAGAAGACACACAAUGGAAUGAGAAAGAAAGGAUAAGUAGCAGAGAAAAUAGAAGGCUAUCAUGUUGCGGACGCAUUAUCUGCGGGCAAUGUGUAGAAGGCAAUGAGAGAUUUGCAAAUUAUUGUCCUUUCUGUCAGGUUAGGAGCGCAGAAGCGGUGGAUCAUACGGUAGCAGCUUCCACGCCGUCGAAUAAGCCACCCUCCUACGAAUCCCUUCAUUCUUCCGAAUCGAACGCACGAACUUCUCCCCCUACUUACUCUCACUCUCUCGACUCCAAAUCACAAGCCCAAACCCAGUCACAGCCGAAAACCGAAGUACAAUCUGAAGACACCCUCCAUUUCCUCUCCCACGCCACCGAUUCCAUGACGUCUCUAUCCUUUCGCUACGGUGUACCAAUUGAUGCAUUGCGAAAGAAAAAUGGUAUAACAAGUGAUCACCUCCUUCUUGCUAGGAAAACGAUAUUGAUACCUGGGGAAUGGUAUAAAGGGGGAGUGAGUUUGAGUCCGCGGCCUGUGGAGUGGGAGGAAGAAGAAAGGAGGAAGAGCUGCGUGAGGAGAUUCAUGGUUGGGUGUAAAGUUUCUGAAUACGACAUUGCAGUUCUAUAUCUUGAACAAGCGAACUACGACCUAGAGCUCGCAAUGGGAAUAUACAAAGACGAUGAGAGGUGGGAGAGAGAAAAUCCUAUAUCGAAUAAAGGGAAAGGAAAAGGGAAGUCGAGAUAUGAUGUUGCGAAGAGAAGAUUCACAGGACAGAGAUCAUAAGAUUUUCGCCCGCACAUUGCUGUAUAAUUGCGUGUUUUAGAUUCC